AUUAUACACACUUGCAGCCUAUACGUGUCAGGAGGCUGAGUGGGCUGCCGCAGCCUCAAACACCUAGGCAGGAAAGCAGAGAUUUACACUCAUGUGAGGGGUUCAGUCUUAGUGAGAGUCUGAGCUUCCAUACAACUAUCCACAACUAUAGCUGAAAUCAGAGAUGGAACUCAGGGCACCCAAAGCUAGUCUUGAUGCCAUCAAAAGGCAACCCCCUUCCCCUUCACAUCUCCUUCAUGCCCAUUCAGUGGCCAAAAGAGAAAGGUGAGAGAGAAAGUGACUAAUGCAGUGUAGCUGAAGUGAGCAGUUCUGGAGAUUGAAGCCAGAGAAAUGUUGAGCCGACCCCUCCCCUAGACGGAGGAAGAAGCAGGAAAGCAGGAAGGCCAGGGUCCCAGACAGGAUCCUGGUGAUCCUGCAUCCAGGGAGCAGGAUCCAUCCUCUCCUCACACACCACCCUGGCACACUGUCUCACCCUUCAUUUCCUCCAAGCUCUGCCCAUGAUCCCACCUGCAGCCUGGCUUCCCCUUUCCUAAUGCUGCAGUUUAUGGCUUUCACAGUAGGUGGCAGCAAGUACAGUGCAAAUCAUGUAUAACGCAGCUUCUCUAGGGUUGGGAGCCAGGAACUAUUCCUAGAAAUUCUCUCCAUAGAAAGAAAACACCAGAGACCACAUUCCAUCCUUACAUAGUUCCCAUUUAUCCUCAGCACACACUGCCAUCAGACAGACAGACACACACGCACGCACGCACGCACGCACGCACGCACAAAAGCCUCAUGACUUUUGCGGGCAACUCUGGGCCUUAAUCUCUCCUCCACUAUCCCAUCUAGGCCCCUCCUCUCCCUCCCCUUGGACUUUGCCCUUCUUACUGGCCAGGCAGGGGGGACCAGAGUCCGGGAUGACUCAUCUCCCACCUCACUGGAGCUGAGAUCCCAGCUGUGUAGCUGAAAACACCACCAUUUCAGCCCCAGCACAGCAGAGAACCACACAGCCCAGAACUCAGUGGGAGAGGCAACUCCCCUGCUCCUUCCCUCCACCAUGGAGUACCUCUCAGCCCUGAACCCCAGCGGUCUGCUCAGGUCAGUAUCCAGUAUGAGCUCUGAAUUUGGCAGGAAAGUCUGGACUUCAGCUCCACCACCCCAGCGACCUUUCCGUGUCUGUGAUCACAAGCGAACCACCCGGAAAGGUUUGACAGCUGCCACCCGCCAGGAACUGCUAGACAAGGCACUGGAGGCCCUGCUGCUGAGUGGAAUGCUAACACUGGUGCUGGAGGAGGAUGGGACGGCCGUGGAGAGUGAGGACUUCUUCCAGCUUUUGGAGGAUGACACGUGCCUGAUGGUGCUGGAGUAUGGGCAGAGCUGGACCCCCAACAGGAGUGGGGUGCUGUCAUACGGCCUGGGCCGGGAGAAGCCCAAGCACAGCAAGGACAUCGCCCGUAUCACCUUUGAUGUAUACAAGCAAAAUCCUCGAGACCUCUUUGGCAGCCUCAAUAUCAAAGCCACAUUCUAUGGGCUCUACUCCAUGAGUUGUGACUUUCAAGGACUCGGCCCAAAGAAAGUACUCAGGGAGCUCCUCCGUUGGACCUCUGCACUGCUGCAAGGGCUGGGCCAUAUGUUGCUGGGAAUUUCCUCCAGCCUUCGCCAUUUAAUAGAAGGGGCCGAACAAUGGCAUUGGCAGCGGCAGGGUCGCCUUCAUCCCUACUGAGAAGGGGCUCCAAG